CGCCGAUCUUAAAGCAAGCACCGCCAUUCCUGGGAUGUUCAUAUUGCUCCUCGCGGAGGCUCUCAUCGUAGCGCCUUCUGUUCUCAGAUCUCCGCACCUAAAGUUCUUUUACUUCAAGGAGACAAAGGUAAUCAGGAAAGAGCAUAUCCUGAUGCCUUUUCUGAGAUCUUUUUCAGGCAUGCGAUUGCCAGGGGUUCUCAGGCAGUUGGAGCAAGACCUGGAGACUGUAAUAACUGUACUGCAGCCAGGACCAUUAGGGAUCAUCGAGCACAAGUUUUCGGCUGCUGAGGUGCAAGGAGCAAAGGCCAUAGUCCAAAGCUCAGUUGAGAAUUGGCGAAGGAAUUCUGCACAUGAAAGAAAUGGCCACGUUUGGCAGCAAUCCAAAAGUGCAACAUCACAGGAGUGACAAAUCUACUUGCUACUGGAUUUGCAAGAACAAAGGGACCUGGUUCUUCAAAUGCUACUGACUCAUGUGGAUGUUCUUGCUUUGUAAGCACUCCCUAUCCUAUCUUUGAAUGUCAAGUUUUUGGACUCCUUUGAGAGAGAAGCGCGCAUGUGUCACAAAAUAUAAUCGAAUCGAUCAGUCUAUAGAAAGAUUAUAUCUCCAAUUAAGUGGCAUUUUGUUAAUUAUGAGAAUUUGUUUUAUACAUAA